UUAUUUGAGAAUAUUUAUAUUAAAGGAUAACUUUUAAUCUUUUCUCUUUGAUUGAAUUUAUUCAUUUGCAUUUAAGAUUUUUUUUCUAUAAUUGAGAUUAUUCCUCUCAAAAUUAAACAAAUUUAUGCUGUAAAAAAGAUUUUUAAAGUUUUAUUUUGUUUUGUUGUGCGCAUCUUCAGACUUAUUCACAAAGUGACAGUUCAAAAUAAAAUGGACACCGAGCUGAAAAACGUAUUAUUUGAAAUUGGACUCGGAGAUUACGUUUCCAGUUUUGAAAAUAAUAAGGUUCUAAAUCUUCAAACGUUGAAGCAAAUUCAAAAAGUCCCUUUCCUGCUGCACGAAUUAAUUAAACCUAUUGGAGAUUUGGCAAUUCUUUUAUCCCGUUUAGAAGAAAUUCAAAAAGCCGAGAAUGAUCACUCUGAAUUUUCCAAUACCAAGAAUCCAAACGAUUUCGCAGAUCCUUCACUUUUAAAUGAUGAUCUAUUGCGAGAAAUAAAUGAAAAUUAUAUUGUACAACCUGGAUGCAGCCAGGAUAUUCUAUUUCAUAAAACACCCAGCGGUAACCAACAAAUUAUUAAAAGUCUUCUACAGUCCAAUAGUAGCAAAGAUAUUCAAAUUAUUGAACAAACUGUACAAUCAGAACUCAACUGGAAUCAAGACACUGAAAAUAUUGAAAAACUUGUAAACUCUAUCUGUAGUGACAAAACUGAAAUUGUUGACAAUAUUGGACAACCCAGCUGCAGUAGAAAAAGAGAUAAACAGACACCAAGAGAAAGUAAAUCUAAGCGCGUUUGCAAAUGGAUUGUGAGUCAAGAAAUUUUGCAAAUUAACCUUGAGGAUUUAUUAAAAAAUUCUAGUAAAGGAAGGACCAUCUUGCAAUUUUAUCAACAAAAUAAAUUAUUGAAUUCACAAUCUCGUUCAAUUUUGAUUCACAUUGUUGGUGAGAAAUUGUUAGAGCUGAACAGGAACCCCAGUGCAAACGAUUAUGAACAAGUUGACACAAAAAUUAGGCAACUAUUUCCAUCGGAACCUCAAUUCGUUUAUUUUAUACGUGCAAAAGUUAAUGGUAAAAAUCAAAAAAAUCACGAAGGAAAGUUGCCAAAUUAUAUUAGAAACGUAAAAUAUCGCAAUGCCAAGUUACUACACCAAGAAGGCGUAGUAGAUACUGAAGAUUCGGAUGAAGCAGAAGUGAAUGUUGAAUCGAAAGUGAGCAAUGACGUGUUAAAUGCAGAUGGAUGGUUGAAAGAAAAUUUAGAACCCUGGUCUGAAGUCGAAAAGAAAUGGAAAUCCACACAUCAUUUUCGUUUAAACAGUCUGACCUCAUCUGAAAACACAUUUCUGCCAAUUAGUCAAUAUUAUGAAAACUAUAAGGUCCUCAGAUUAGUGUUAGGAUACACUCUGCUUGAAGCAGAUUUCGAAUUGAGAUAUCCAAACUCCGUUCAAGCAUUAUCUUCUGAUUGGAACCUAAAACAAGCAGCAUUACUAAAAUUGAUAGGACUAGAAUGUCAUUCUGCAGAAAUAAAAGAUACUAUUGACAACUUUAAGUCAUUUACAAACGAUGAAAAAGAUAAUUUACUUUUUCAACUGCUGCCUUACCUAUUUCCUAAGCAGCCAAAGUCAAGGGGUAAAAAAAGUCAGUCGAUUACACCCCGUCCAACGCAAAUAGAAUCUCAAGAAGCUUUUAUUCUCCAUGUGAAAUCACCUAAUGACAUUGAUCCUGCCAUAAUGAGACGAUUAAAUCAAAUGAAAAAAAAAGAGAAACUUCAACCUUUCAUUCUAUGUGUUGGAACAACUCGUGCAAAAUUGUCAAGAAGUUAUUGUAUUAUCGACACCAUCAAGUACGAAUUCCCCAACUUGAAAAAAGCUUUCGACGUUUGCUUUAAAGCCAUCUUUGCUCUUCAUACGGAAUAUUCACAAGAAGCUUAUCAGCCUUGGCUCUUUGUUCAACAAGCUCUAUACGAUAUUUUUACAGAGUAUGAUAAGAAGAGCGCAAAUAUUUCGACAAUGGUGGGCAAUUUUAAAACUUUAGUGAAUAUUCAGCGUACAACUGAAAUUGUAAAUUUAGAAGAGCAUUAGAACGACAUU